GGAUUGGAAGAGAGGGACGACCGGCACAAGCGCGCGAAUAUUAUUUCUGGUACGAGAUCCGUGUAUCCUACAGAGAGCCAGUAGUACGGCUUCGCUCAGCUGCUAAAAACUCUAAAUUCAAAACGGAAAAGAUUAGUUCGACAUUGAUCCUUCUCACUGCCAGAUUAUCUAUGUCUAAUUGCAUUAAACCUUUUAGUCACGUCAUCAGCUCAUUUUUCAUUUUUCUGACUUGACGCACGGAGAUUAAGAUUUUUAACAAACGAAAAAAUUCAUCCAGAAUUGAAAGGAAAGAGAGAGCGUCAGUUACAAACCUAACAUCCCUUCAGCCUAAAAAAAAUGGCCUUUAAUUUAUGGCUGCCCAAGAGUAUCCGCAAAGAUUGCAAAAGGUGGGAAAUAGAGGGAAGAGAAAAGAAAGAGCGCGAGAGUGUUUCCAAUUUUUAACGCAAAAUAAGUUGUGUUGUGGAUUACAUUUUUAUCAAUUUAGUUCACGUUGGCGAACCAUGAGGGACAAUGGUGGUCUUCCAAAAAAAAAUAGAUACUGCAUCAUUGCACUGCCAAGAUCAUAUUACUGAUAGUCAUGCGCCAUAUAGCGCAGAGAACUUGCUGUUUCUGAGGACUGGGAUAUCAUCGAACUAAACAAGUCUGAGGGAACUGUUGGGCCCAAUAGCUAAAUAUUGCUCCCUGUCUUGCUCUCUUACUCAGUGAGCUACAUAUGCUGACUUUGGUUUGGCGUUAUCACUGAAGUAAAUCAAGUACAGACCUGCAUUACAGCUGAAGGAAUCGCAAAGAAUCCACUCACAGGCUAAAUGACGUCUGCGUUUUUGGCCAUCACUCUUUGCCUGGUUUGCUUUUGUCAUACUGGCAUUGCUACACCAAAUGCGACAAACUUCGAAUCUCCUAGUCUUUCCUGGGAUCCUCGAUUAAACCCGAGUGUUGGAAACGGUUACUUAGCUACUACAGUUUUCAGCGAUACUGUUUACGUGUCUGGGAUCUUCAACGGACGAGGAACAAAAACACCGAGUCAUAGGGCACGAAUUCCAUCGACUGCGGCGAUUAUCGUGCGAAGUAAUCUGACCUCCAACGCGACCGUGGAGCUGUUCAGUCUGAACGUCGAACAAGGCGUGUUUUAUCACCGCUUAGUCGUCGAAAACUUCACCUUGGAGCAAAAGAUCUACGCUCAUCGAGUUCGCCAGCAUGUACUUGUCACGGAGAUUUCCUUACAAAACAACAUGCGUGACACAGUAAGCUUGUUCCUGACUAAUGUAUUUGGACCGCCAAGCGCUGAUAUAGAGUUCCAAAGGGAUGAUGUUCCGCGUAAAUCUCAGAAUGACCCUAAGAUCAAUGCCAUGUCAGGGUAUAUUAGGAUAACGGAGGAACCAGACAGUCGAAGGGAGGGAGUAGCGGCGGUCUGGGGGGAAAUACCACCUCGUCUGCUGAUCAAGCCCUCUGCGCAGACCCAAACGUUUUUCUUUAUCACGGCUAUAGCCACCAGUUUAGAUGCUAAAGAUUUCGUGACAAGCGCACGCGAAGCUUACACAGCAGCAAUGGAAAAACCGGAAGAGCUCUUAGAAAGUCACGUCCAAGCCUGGAGAGAAAUAUGGAAUGAUGGGCGGAUCGAAGUGGAAGGCAAUCUUACACUGGCACAGACAAUUUCCGGUAGUCUCUAUUACACACUCAGCUCAUUACGUCCCUCAUGGAUCUUCGGUCUGAGUCCAGGAGGCCUGGCUACUGAUGGUUAUGAUGGCCACGUGUUUUGGGACCAAGAGACAUGGAUGUUCCCUCCGUUAGUCCUUCUGCACCAAGAUUUUGCACGAACGUGCCUCGCUUACAGGUUUGCAAGACUUCAGGCAGCUGAAGACAAAGCCAAGAAAUAUGGGUUUAAAGGCGCCAUGUUUCCUUGGGAAAGCGCCUUGACUGGCUCAGAAGUGUGCCCAGGAGAGAUAUACUCCGAUUACGAGCAGCACAUUAUCGGGGACAUAGCAUUUGCAAUCAAACAGCUCUGGAUGGCAUCUGGGGAUCAACAGUGGCUUGAGCGCCAGGCCUUCCCGGUCAUUCGAGCCACUGCGGAAUUCUGGGCCAACCGCGCAUGGUACAACGACUCGAAGAAAGCUUACGUCAUUUAUGACGUCAUGCCGCCUGACGAAGACGCCGAAGUCGUCAACAACUCGGCCUACACGAACACGAUCGCGAAAAUGAAUCUCGAAUUCGCUUACCAAGCCUUGCCGAAUGCUUCCAAAAACUGGAAGACCAUUGCACAGAACAUGUUUAUUCCGUUCGAUUCUACUAACAACUACCAUCCGGAAUACGAGGGGUAUAAUGGAGUCGAAGUCAAGCAAGCCGAUGUCAUUCUCCUCGGAUUUCCACUCAUGGUCAACAUGAGCCUCGACGUUCGUCGAAGUGAUCUGAGUUUUUAUGAACCCCGGACGAACCCAAGAGGGCCCGCCAUGACUAAAUCAAUGUUCGCGGUCAACUGGCUCGAUGUCGGGGAAUACGCCCGUGCAGAGACUUCAUUCAGGGAAAGCUAUGUGAACGCUAAGGAACCGUUCAUGGUUUGGACCGAGGGAGCAGACGGUGGGGGCGCUGUGAACUUCAUCACGGGUGCUGGGGGAUUUUUGCAGUCUGUGUUGUUCGGUUAUGGCGGAUUGCGGCUUCUCGAUUACAAACACCUCCAAUUUAAACCCAUGCUUCUCCCGGGAGGCACACAAGUAAAAUUUGUUGGUAUUGAUUACCAUGGAAACAGCAUCGACUUCGUGAUUGGCUCAUCUCAAUCGCAGAUUACCGUUACGUCACGCGCUCAAUCAGCCCCAGUCCUUCUGGCGAUAUUGGUUAGCUCACAGGCGAGGUUCUGUUUGGACAUUGGUAGGACAGUUCAAGUACCUAAUGAACUGGUUAUUAUCCAACCCCUCCAGUCCGACCAAGUGAACUGGUGAUUAGUUUUCAGCGAAUA